AAUGGGAGCAGAGACGCCACUGACGGUAUACGGACGAAGGUACACUUCCAUGGCCUUAUGGGUAUACCACUUCCAUGACGUCAUAUUCUUACCCAGAUAAACAAGCUACGUGCAAAACUCCCACAAUCUUGCUGUAUAGAAUUUCAAAAUUUCAACCUAUUUUUGUCAAAAUAUAACAUAAUUUUAUAUGCAUAUAUAUCAUGAUUAUUUUUAGUAACGAAAUAUUAAGAUUUUUAAAAUGAAAUUUAUGUAAAAUAGAAAAAAUAUAACAACACUUUAUUACUCUCUGGUGACUUGUGGGAAGGAUGAUUGUUACGAAUGAGGUAAUUGGAGACGAGCUUUUCUAUCAGCUGAACUUUAACAAUAAAGGAAGUUCGAAUCGGAUUCGAUCAACAACAAACACCACCGGAUUCUCUUCUUUGGAAACGUAUUUUUUGCCAACAUUUUGCUUCAAAGUCAUAUGUUCCAUAUUGUCAAAGGAAUACUGUUACAGUUAAGAACACGUUCGAGUAAUUUUGAGUGCCAUUUGAGGAGCUCGAGUGAAGAUUUUGUCAUUUUGGGGAUUCUUCUGUGGGAUCGUCGUUUAAUUUAGCGCGUCAUUCCCGUUUGUUUCCUUCCGUAAUCUAAUUUCAAUGGCUUGUUGUGGAGAAGGCGAAUGGAAAUCAUCAUUAGACAAUCAGAGUGCUGUCGUUUUUAGAAUGAGAUUGAGUCAUCAAAUACCCCAUAACUGUGAAAAGCACUGUAAAUUAAACAUUCUAAGUAGUUUUCCAAGAAAAAGUUGUUAAAAAAAGGUGCAUCCAGGUUUUGUGCAUGAUUGAAAUUCGGCCUGAUCUGUUCAAAUAUCUCAUCAGUCAUCAGAGACAGAGUGUAAUUUGCACAUGAAGAUCUAAGUAGCUAAUUUGUAGAAGGAUAACCGUAUACAUGUAAUUGAUGUGCAAAAACAAGGUUUGGACUACCAGUAGGCUAUCACUCAAAACUUGCCGACCGUUGCAUCGAGGAAUAUAAUUGUUACCGUAUUUCAUCAAGUUUGCUUGUGCUCUUGAUUCAUAAUCCAGCCACAUCGUUUAAAAUUGGCACUUGGUCUUAGACUUAGCAGUUGCAGUGUAGAGAAUUGCCAGAGUCAAAAGAGAGUAACUUGCUUUUUCCAGCUACAAAAAAAAGAAGAGAAAAUAGUGCAGCUCAACGAAUAUAUUUCCAAAUUUGUCAGAAUUGUGAACACUUUGCAGAUAGACCAAGAUGAAGCUUCUUGAGAAUCCCAAAUUGGAAGCCAUCAGUGAAGCUCUGGCCAUGGAAACUGGAGAAUCCAGGAUUCUUGGAAAGGUGGAAAGUUACUCCUGUAAGAUGGCUGGUCAGGACAAACGUCUUUUCAAGCUUCUGAGCCAGGAGAAUGGUCACUCUCCUAGUGAGUUACAGGCCCUCUCACCUCCUCAGAGUACAUUGACAGUCCAGCACCCAAACAUCGUCAGCCGUAGCAGUGGGGACGAAGCAGGGGGACCCCUGUGCCAUACCUGUAGCAGGAAGAUGAUCUUCUAUCUGAUCUCGACGCUCAAUGCUGCAUUUCACCCCGAUUAUGAUUUUAGUGAUGCAAAGAGUGAUGAGUUCAGUCGAGAGCCAAGCUUGGACUGGACUGUGAAUGCAGUAGAUGGCAAUCUGUUCUCUGCUGGCGGGGAGCUCUACACUACUCAGAUCAGGCCAAAGCUCUGGGCUGCCAUCAAUGAUGAAAUCAGUGCUACAGAAUGUGAGAUCUACAGCUACAACCCAGACCUUUCUUCUGAUCCUUUUGGAGAAGAAGGUGUCCUGUGGUCAUUCAAUUACUUCUUCUACAACAAGAAACUGAAAAGGAUUCUCUUCUUCACUUGCAGGGCUACAAGGAGGGACCUUUGCCAUGAUUCUGGCCUCGGUCAUGACCUGUCCCUGACUGUAGGUGACGAUGAUGAUCUGUUGAUGGAUUCUGAUGGAGACAGCCAAGAAGAUGUGGAUUACUAUGCAGCAGAACCAGUGUACCGUGGAAGAGGGAUGGAAGUGUUCUAGAGCACCGGGGUUAGAAGUCUCUUUCCUUGAUGGACUGCAGUGAACGUUACCAAGCUUAGACUUCAUUUCUCAUCAAUUACUUCAUCAAUUUCUAGUAUUCAUUCCAAUGUGGAUCAAUAACCACAUUUCUCUGCUCAAGCUACCACCCUUUUUUAAAGCCAACAAUAACUUAACCCUGUGUCAGACUUUAUACCCAGUCACUAAUUCUACCACAUAUAUAAUCUGAUGUUCAGUUAUUGGUUUGCAUUUGAUAUUUUCAGAAGGUGAGAGAUGUAAAGUACUUCUGAAUUCAAUGCAGUCAUGCAAUAUCAAAAUUUUAUCAACAGUUAUUUUGAUGUAUUUAACCAAUAGAUAAUUUAAUGUAAAGGUGGGAAAAAAAGAAUAUCACAGCAACACAGAAUGGGAAAGAGUGCCAAUGUUUUUGAAGAGUUUAUAAAAGUGGUUUUACUUAAUGACAUUUUUAUGUUCCUGAGAGAUUGGUCAUUGCAAUGUAUUUUCUGUGAUCUUGAUCAUCUUCACACAUUUUUUUUUUUUUUUUUUGCAAUCUGCUUUAUGCCUGAAGAUAGACCAGUGAAAUUUGUGGGGUUUUACAGAAUGUGAUUCAUCAAAGAAAAUGAGUACAAAUUAGCCAUGCCAUAAUUGUCAUGUGGAAUUUCUGUUAUGCUUUGCAAAAGUGGUAACCAUUUUUUCUGAAAACAUUGAAAAAAAAAAGUGGUGGUUAAAUUGCUUUUUAAAAUUUUGGAGAGAGAAAUUAUAUACCUUCGUAUGGAUGCCUGAUGCGACAUAAUGGUACCAAUGCUUGAUCCGUGAUUGAUAUCAGUGUCUAAUUUAAUUUGAUGGUAUUCAUUACUAUUCAUGCCUAAUUUGAGAUCGUGUUUUUCAUGCCCAUUUUUCAUACGGUAUCGGAACUGUAUUGGUAUGAUAGUUGUUGGUCAAAUAAACACCAAGGAUCUAUUAAGUUUAUCGUCAAAGGACCUUUUGCAGAGUUGCAAAAAGACUUAACUUUAAAAAUCAAAUGCUACUUGAUUUUCCACCAAUAAGAAGUGCAUUUAUGAUUUGCAUUUGAUUUGUCUGUUACAAGACACUGUAUUACUUAAUACAUGGAAACAUAGUAAAAAUACUGACCCCAUAUCAAGUAGAUUAUGAUGCUGAUGAUGAUCUAACAUAACUUAAUCUAGAUAUACCAAGAGACUAAAGAGAAAGAGCAUCAAACCCCUUUCAAGCAUGACUUCUGUUUCAGGAACAUAAUAAUCUAGCUAAGUUAGAGUUAUCCAAAUGUGCGACCGAUUUGGCUGUGUUACAGGGAAAUUGUAAAUGAUUGAAUAAUAGAAGAAUAUAGAGAGAUAUAUAUUUAUUCUUUUGAUACUUUGUUCAUGUAUAGAGUUUGGAUGUUUUGUACAUAAUUUCAGGAGUUUUCAACAGUUGUUUUUAAUACUUUAGAUGUGAAUUGUACAUACUUGUUCUACAUGUCCCUGUGGAUGUCUUAAGCACUUUUGUGAUUUGUUUUGUAUUUUUGUACCAGCAUAUCUGUGUUGACUGUUCUACUGUAUAGAGUUUAGGUGUUUUUUCGCUUAUGGAUUAUCUGUGUAAAGUCAUGAUGUACCUGAUGUGGAUGAUUUGCAUUUGGUUUGCUUUCGUGUCAAACCUUAAUUUUGUUGGAAAAUUUGAAGUUGGUUGUGGUGCUAUAAUGAGCAUUUGUGCUUGGGCUAGUCUCAUAUACUUAAAGAUCCAUCUUUCUGAAUGAAAAUACUAUUGUACACAUUUAUGCACCAAAUAACAUGGAACUUCUUUUGGCUGCUUUUGUUGGCAUGCUGCAUACAUAUUUAAAGAAUUCCUUUAAAAAAAUUCACACUAAGAAUUUUUCGUCAGAGAAAAAAAAAAUGAAAGCAACACUUUUACAAUGUUUGCACAGCAUUCAAUUUCAUGAAAUGUGGGAAAUACUAAAUAGUAGACCAAAAAGUACACAUCUAACCUUAUAAUGAUGAAAGUUCAUCUGUGUUGGACUUGGUUGAAAAUAAGUAAAAGUAAAUUGAGUCACUUCGGUCAUCGCUGAGGAAGGCAGCAGUUUGCAGCUGAAAAUUUCAAGGCAAUUUCUUGAGAUUUGUCUUUGUGUUUUACUCACAUCUAACCUUAUCAUUAUGGAUAGGAUUGUCAGUUGCAGAAAAGUACUAUACCUUAAUCUGCAGUUUUUUCAAGACAGAUAUCACAUAUCCAGCAAGAGCAGUCAAAUUUAAUCAAGCGGAGGUUAUUUUUCAGGUUUUAUUUCAUGAAAAAUUGUGAUUUAGUUUAGAGUUUAUUCACUUACUAUGCAGUUUUAAGCAAGAGUAUUAAAUAUUAAGGCUUGUUCUAGUUUAAUACAUUCAUGUAAAAGUAGAAUACUUUUAUAUUUUGAAAAGUAUUUAAAAAACUUUGUAUGCAAUUUUAACCCCUUUAACACAAAGCUUUGUGAUCAGUUGUAAAAUGCCAUUCAUGAUACAUUUGAUAUUAAAACAUUUGGUCAUUAUCCAAUCAGAAUUGCUCACAAUAAUUGGAUUAAUCACAGAUCUGUGUGUUACCAGGCUCUGGUCUGUAUUCUUGCCAUAUGCCCAUACAUUUUCCCCCAAACUCAAUAAGUAUUAAUAAUCUUUAAUAGUUUUGACUUAUCCAUUGCAUCAGUACCUUCCUUAUUUUGUCAACAAUGACCUUGCAAGUUCUAUCUGCUUUUUAAGCAAACCUCUCCAAACCUUUUAAUGCAUUAGAAGUUAAAGAAAGCCCACUUAUAGUAUAGUGAUUAUUAAAAAAAAAAGUUAUUUAAUUGCAAUUUUGUCAAGCUUUUUUACUGUAUAUAAGUAGGUAUGCAUGUAUGUUUCAUUGUAAAAAAAAAAAUCAAAAAGAGGGCUGUUAAGUGAAUUAAAACAAAAUUGUUAUAAGCAAA